AUGCCCAGGCAUGUCAGAACACGUACUACCUCCGCGACGUGCGCCUCGGCCAAGGUCAGGUGUGACAAGCCAGAAGACUACAUCGAUCAUCCAGUGCCCUCGACAUCGGACCCUACCAACACAUCACACGGACUUGACGAGCUCAGCGGCUCGAGCGAGCGCAGCUUGACCGGUACACCACCACCCAAUGCGACGAUUGCCGGCUUCCUUCCCUCGGCUUCCCUCGGCUUCCCAAGACUCAAACCCAUCCCACCAUGGUCUGCGGCCCUUGGCGAAAGCUCCAACCCCACCGACAUCCGCGAGUCACCCGGCCGUGGCGGCGGCGGCAAGCCGGGUUCGCGUUUCGGCGACACACGCCGGACCCACGCAGGAGCCCGUCGUGUCGGCGUCCGCCUCCUCCCCACAAACACUGGCAUCCUUAUUGAGGAAUGCUGGCCAGUGACGUUGCGCCCCUCACCAGCACCAAAGGUUGUGAUCCCUGUCGGCGUUGACACUCACAAGGUGAUCACAUUUGUCGAGGAGUGGGACGCGUACUCGCGGUCCAACCGCACGCCGAAGACAGCGCCAACUCUCCGUUGCCUGUCGACGCAACCCGCCUAUGCCUCGCGUCCACCAUCAUUGUCGGACCCCACUCGUCAGCUCCCACGAGAGGCGGCGAUCGGCCGAGACGCUGUCCUGGAGGACAUUGAAUUCCUCAAACGCCAAGACAAGAUCCGCGGCCAGGAGAUCCAGGACCUCCGCGCGAACCACGACAAGCUCCGAGACGACUACACGAUGCUCCAGAUCCGGCACACUAGCCAGGCAUCUCAACUCGCGAAGCGGACCACCGACCUGGUGGAGCUUCAGAAGUCAAACAAGGAGUUGAAGAAGGACAUUGUCGAUGCGAAGGCCGACGAGCUGGGCCGCGCUUGA